GGAAGCAGUCGUGUUGUUUUUCUGCCUGCGUGAGCACAAAAACAUGACAGAAGAUAGCUGUAAUUUACUUCUACCAAACUCCCACUGAAGAGGUGCUGCUACAGCUCAGCUGAGAACACUGAGGAUACUGAACCUGCUUCCUGCCGAUGGUACUCAGCAAAUAAGAGCUUUAGGAGUCGACUGUCAGAAGUGAAAGUAAAACAAAGUGUUUGGCAAAGGCAGAGACAGAAUGGCUUCCAGAUCGGAGAUGGACCUCUCCUGUCCUGUCUGUCGAGACAUUUAUAAAGAUCCGGUCACCCUGUCGUGUAAACACAGCUUCUGUAAAGACUGUCUGCUGAAGUUCUGGGCAGCUGAGCAAACCUCUGAGUGUCCGGUCUGUAAGAGAAGGUCUUCAAUGGAGUUGCCUCCUUUUUCCUUAGCAUUGAGGAGCCGCUGUGAGGCCUUCCUACAGGCUGAAGCUGCUGCAGCAGAGUCAAAGCAGCUCUGCAGUCUGCACGCAGAGAAACUCGACGUCUUCUGUGUGGAUGAUCAGCAGCUCGUGUGCAGCGUCUGCAGAGAUUCGGGCGCGCACGGCGACCACAGAUUCCAACCUGUUGACGAAGCGGCGCUGGACAGCAAGAGAACGCUUCAGGCUUCCUUAACGCCACUGCGAGCUAAACUGAGGCUCAUGCAUCAAGCUAAAGGAGACUGCGAUCAAACAGCCGAGCACAUUAAAGUCCAGGCAGAAAGCACAGUGAGGAGGAUUAAAGAGGCGUUCCAGAAGCUUCACCAGUUUCUAGAAGAGGAGGAGGAGGCCCGGAUGGUUGCGCUGAGGGUGGAGGAGGAGGAGAAGAGUUGGAGGAUGAAGGAGAAGAUUGGGGCUCUGAGCAGAGAGAUAGCAGCUCUUUCGGACACCAUCAGAGCCACAGAGGAGAAGCUGAGGGCUGAAGACGCCUCAUUCCUGCGGGACUACGAGGCUACAGCGGAGAGAGUCCGGCAGCAACCUUUGCCCAGAGAUCCAGAGCUGGUCCCAGGAGCCCUGAUCGACGUGGCCAAACAUCUAGGCAACCUGACCUACAACAUCUGGAACAAGAUGAAGGAGAUGGUCUCCUACAGCCCUGUGAUUCUGGAUCCGAACACCGCUCAUCCAGACCUCAUCCUGUCAGAAGAUCUGACCAGCGCGGCACAGGGGCAGAGAAAGCAGCAGCUGCCCGACAACCCGGAGAGGAUCGACCACUUCAUCUCCGCUGUGGGCUCCGAGGGCUUUAACUCUGGGGCUCACAGCUGGGAGGUGGAGGUCGGAGACAACGCCGCCUUCGUUCUGGGUGUGUUAACAGAGUCGAUCCAGAGGAAAGGAAUCAUAUGGUCCGGACUGUGGAGGUUGAUGUUCUGCGGUGGUGAAUACAAAGCACUGUCGCCAUCAGACACAGGAUCUGAUGUGUCAGUGAUGAAGAACCCCAGGAGGAUCCGAGUGCACCUGGACUGGGACAGUGGACAGCUGUCGUUUUCAGAUCCCGACACGAACACACACAUGCACACCUUCACACACACCUUCACUGACAGGCUGUUUCCAUAUGUUAGCACCUGGAGUGAAGUCCCACUAAAGAUCGUAGCGAUGAAGGUCUCUGCAGGAGUGGAACAGCACAGCUACAGAAAUGAGAGCAAUGGUGAAGUUGAUGUUUCAAACAAGCUGUGA